UGUCGCUGGCUGCUUGCCGUAGUGAUGUGACGUAACCGGAAGGAGUUUUGUUGUGAGAAAACAAGCAUGGACGCGACAGGAAAGAUUCGAGCCUCGAAAUCAAAGAAGAAAGGGGGCAAAGGAACCCAGGUGAUUUCAGCAGCGGAUGAGGCGAGAAAGAGGGAAGCUAUUAAAGUGGCGCUCAGACAGAAGCUAGAUUUGGAGCGCAAAGCCCUGCAGGUAGUUGAGCGGCUGCUGGAGGACAGUGUGACAGAGGAGUUCCUCAUCGACUGUGCAUGGCACAUCACUCCUGCCAACUACAAAGACACAGUGGAAGAAAGGUGCAUUGCUAAACUGUGUGGAUAUCCUAGGUGUCCAAAUAAACUAACUAACAUACCCACUCAACAGUUUAAAAUAUCCACCAAAACGAACAGAGUCUAUGAUAUUACAGAGCGCAAGUGUUUUUGCAGUAAUUUCUGCUACAAAGCCUCCAAAUGUUUUGAGCUCCAGAUAUCAAAAACACCACUUUGGCUUAGAAAGGAGGAGAGGUAGU